AUGGCUUCCAAUCAAGAAACAAGUCAAUUCAAGGUCCUCAUCGCGGGUGGUAGCCUCGUGGGUCUCGGUCUGGCCUUGGCUUUUGAACGUGCGGAUGUCAAUUAUGAAUUGUUUGAGAAAGGUGAUUUUGCGCCUCAACUAGGAGCUUCUAUUGGACUGCAUCCACACACUAUUCGCAUUCUAGAGCAGUUGGGUGUUUGGAAAGACAUUGAGGAACAAGUUGUGCCUCUUCAAGAUCGGAAUCAUUAUGAUGAGAAGGGUUACUGCUUUGAGGAAUCCCAUGUGAUAGCUCGCAUUCAGGAUGUCCUCAAACGUCCUAUUAUUUUUGUGGAGCGAUGCAAGGCAUUGGAAGUCUUACAUAACAACGUCAAAGACAAGUCCAAGCUUCAUGCUCAGACUGCUGUCGUGGGAUAUGAAGAAACUGCAGAUCGGGUUACCAUCACCACUGAGGAUGGCGAGCAGCAUGAAGGCAGCAUUUUGAUCGGUGCAGAUGGAAUCCACAGUAAAGUGAGAAAACUUAUGGCCGAUAAGAUCAGCGUCACAGACCAAUCCCUCGCUAAGGAAAUCAAUGAAGGUGGGUUUAAGUAUUUCCUUUUUCCUCUAUUCUCUGCUCUCAUGUUCUGUAUCACUGACAACUCUCCAAACCCAGCUUUCACAAGUGAAUAUAACUGUAUCUUUGCUGUCUCUCGCAAUGAUACUGAAGCGCAGCAAUUCUUGCCCGAUGCUAUGGUUCAUAACGUCUAUUAUGAUGGCUAUUCAGCGAUUGCGGCUGCAGGUGUGCAUGGACUUGUAUUUUGGUUCCUUUUCGUCAAGAGUGACAGUCUCACAAGAACCCCGAACUGUCCCCGUUUUACAGAUGAGGAUGCAGAGGCAUACAUUGAAAAGUAUGGAAGCUCUGCUGUGGGUCCCGGUUAUACCGUGAAAAAUCUUUGGGAUGCACGCGUCAAGGCCACAAUGGUACCUUUGGAAGAAGGUGUCAUCAAGCAGUGGACUCAUAACCGAGUAGUCUUGAUGGGUGACGCAGUUCAUAAGGCCACAAUCAACCCUGGCUUGGGUGGUAACCUGGGCUAUGAAGGAAUUGCUCGUUUCACCAAUGGUCUUGUACCAUUACUUAAGGAAACUCCCUCGCCAUCCCUUGAGCAACUGACCGAGGUUUUCAACCAAUAUGUCGCUGGUCAAAAGCCUCGAGCCCACACUGUUGUGAAUAAUUCCGGUCAGAUCACGCGUUAUGAGGCGCAGUCGAGCUGGACUCUCAGAUUUGCAUCUCGUUAUAUCGUCCCUUGGGUUAGUGACGGACUCAAGGCAAAGCUGUAUGCCGCUUUCUCGAACGGGGGUCCUUGGUUGAGUUAUCUCCCAUUACCAGCGACAGACCCAGAGGGACUGAAGCUUCCUAAUUAG